CCUUAUAACUUCACUUAAUUUGAUAGAUUAACAUUGUUGUUCUUAGAAAUGAGAUAAUUCUGAGAUUAACACAUAUUUAUAUACUGGGAUUAAAGCAUGAAGACAUUAAUGUGAAUAUAUUUUAGCACAAAAAUUAGAGUGAGGCCUCUUGGGGCUGAGCCGCUCAUAUCUUAAAUUACUAGUCAGGACAUUUUAAAUAUAAUUGAAUUGUUGUGUUGUGGUUGUGAACGUAAACAUAUGGUUACAUAUAUUAGUUGUGUAGUGUAUAACACUGAUGGAUGCUGAGUCAUGUGACUCACCUGGAAUGCAAUGACAGCGCAUCACGGUUUACAUUUAAAUUUGUUGUCAUUCGAAUUCAAUCACAGUGCGAACUUCAUCUAGCGCGCGAUUAUUGAGAGAGAGAUUUUACUAUUCACAUUUUACACAGCAUACUGUAUGUUUUUACACCACACACACCAAACUUUUUAUACAACAAACUUUAAUUAGCAAAAUUUCACUUUUCUAACGAGUCACAUCACACCACCAAGUUUGGAAAAUGUUCCAGCCUGAAGAGACAGUGACCUAUGUGCCUGCCACUUACACACCGGACUUUGUAUAUGUCCCUGACAAUGUCUACCCCGUCUACUACCCUGUCUACUACACCAUGUACCCUGUGUACUGCCCUGUGUACGAGCCAGUGUACCACCACGACCUGACACCCGACUUCUACCCCAAACCUUUAACGGUGGAGACUGCUGUAGAAGAAUGCUUCCUAACAUCUCCACAGCCUCCUCAGGACCUACAGCCAGUUCUGCCCAAAUGGGAGCCCACACUGACUAAAAUUCAGGAACACAAUGAUGAAGAUCAGGACAUUACGGUCAACAUGUUUCUGGGAGGAAGAGCCAUGUUUCCACCCGAGAAUGUGUUUGUACCUCAAAACGUGUCUCCACCCGAACCUGCGUCUUCCCCUGAAGCUCUGCCUGAGACUUUGUAUCCACAUUUGUCUGAACCUCAACUGGCCUCAGAUCUGCCUCCUGUACAGACAGAUAACGCUGCUUCCAUCAACGCUUCACCACUCCUCCCACUGACAUGGGGACAAAUUAUGGACACACUGGAUGCUGAGCUGGAGGAGGCAGAGAAACAUAAGGAGCAGGAGGUCAGCAAGGAGAAGGAGAGUUAUGAACUGCUAGAGGAAAAGAGGGAGAAUGUUAUUGAAAAGAAGGACAAAAUUGAGGAGGUCAUAGACAAGAAGGAAAAGGUGGAGGAAUUGGAUAAAAAGAAAAGGAUAGAGCAGAGGAAGAAGACAGCGGAUGUUCGGAAGCAGACGUUUGCCUACAGCACACAAAACCCAAAGGGAGUUGAACUGUUCAUAAGGGGUUUGGACUUUAAGAUCGAUGAGCAGCGCCUCUAUAAGUUGUUCCACCCAUUCGGGAAUAUCAUCAGAGCUAAGCUUAUGACAAAAAACGGACAGUCCAAAGGAUAUGGAUACAUCACAUAUUCCUCUGAUGCUGAAGCUAAGACAGCUAUCAGGGAGAUGAAUGGCAAAAUUGUGGGAUCGAAGCUGCUGAAUAUUACUCUGUCCAAAACAGAAGAGGAACGAGCACAGCAGAAGAUGGGAAGUGGCUGGAAAAGAAGGACAUGGCAGAAGUAUAACAAAGACUAAAAGAUACAUGUGAUACAUGUGAGCUCAGACACUUGUAGACUGACUGUAACCAAUCAGCAAUCAGAUUGUGAUGUUAAUUUAUAUGAUGUUAAGUUAUAUAUUUGUCUUUGCUUAAUAGUAAAGUAUUUUCACCUUGAGCAGCAUUUUUACAUAUAUUAAGGUAAGAUUUAUUUUUCAAGAUUUGCACUUUAAAUCUUAAGUGGGUUCAACGUUUAAAUGAUUCCUACCCAUAUUCACAACGCCCCAUUCCCAGGAGCUUAGGUGACCUGUAUAGUUUCUAUAAAAUAACUGACAGGAGAUGCAUCCAAACAUAAACAAGCAUUUUUGCUAUUUUCACUUAUUUAUUUAAAAACAAA